AUGGCAGAAGUAAGGCUUUAUGAUUCAACGAUUUGUAGAUUAUGCGCGGAAAAUAAUGGAAACGGAGAAUUGCUCUACACGGGAGACAACGAGGAUCCAGAUUUGAGUUCCAUGGUCAAUCGGUACUUGCCGCUCAAGAUCCAAGACGAUGGUAAGCUACCACGUACUAUAUGCCCUGGUUGUAAUAUUCAACUGGAGGCAACAAUCCAGUUCUUUGAAUUAUUGGUGGAUGGUCAAAGGAAAAUUCGUGAGAUGUGGAAGCAUCAGGUAGAACAUCAGCGUAAAGUCGAACGAGAACGACUUCGUGCUGGGAAAGAAAAUGCGGAAGCAGUAACAGAUGCAUCAGAAUUAGAUAACAUUUCACAAUAUAAUGAAGAAGAUCAAUUUGAACAACAGAUCAUAAUAAAAAUAAUGGCAGAUGGUUCUAUGUAUGCUGCGGAGCAUGAAAUGAGUUUGCAAAUGGAAGGAUUGAGUAAACCAAAACGAAAGAGAGGACGACCACCGAAAACGCAUAUAGAAAACAUAUCUAUGGAACUAACGAAAGAAGAGGUAAUGGAAGGUGGAAGUCAAGAGGAAGAAGACAAGCAAGAAGAAGAAAUAGACGAUAUAGACGGAGAUGGAAGACGUCGUAGGAAGCGUAAGGUUCCCAAAAGAUACAUGGAAGCAGUUCAAGGCAAGGAAUUAGAAAGAAUAUAUAAAGAGGAGGGGGUAAUUGAUGAAGAAGAUGAUGAAGAGCCUGAUAACUUUGAAGACUCUGAGGAACAAUUAAAUAUGUCUGUUCCUGAUAGUCAAGAAGAAAUAAUUGGUCAUUUGGAAUCUGAAGAAGGAAAAGAUCUUGGAGAAUUAGUGAUAGUAAAUCGAGGACGGGGACGCGGUCGACCAAAGGUACGUCGUAGAAAAAAUAAAUUCACAUGUCAACUCUGUGGUCGAGGCUUCUUGCAACGUAGCAGAUAUAUUAUACAUAAGAGUUUCCAUAAAGGAAUAAAAUACGAGUGUUCGGAGUGCAAAAAGUUAUUCACAAGCAAAGAGAAUUUGGGACUGCAUCAGAAAACAAGUCAUCAUACUGGAGAUGGAGACAGUGAAAGUGUUGAACACAAUAUACAAGAUUCUACCUCUAAAUUGAACCACCCUUCAUCUGAAGAGGAUGAUAAAGUGACAAACAUCCUCGAACCCAUUUUAUCGGAAGAACAGCAUGUAAAAAAACUAUCAAGUAUGUCCGAUAAUGCUCAAAAAACUUUAUCAUGUGAACAGUGUGACGAGUCAUUUGAAACUAUACAGUCUCAUGAUUUACACGUAAAAAUGGUUCACGAGUGUAAAGAACUGUAUCUUUGUACUAUUUGUAAUAAGAGUUUUACACAACAAUCAGUUUUGAAAACUCACAUGUUAAUACACGAGAAAAAUAAAUUGGAAAAGGAAUAUCCUUGUGAUAUUUGCGGUAAAGUUCUGAAUCAUCCCAGCUCUGUAGUAUAUCACAAAGAAGCAGAACACAAUAACGGUCGACGCUUUGUUUGCAACAAGUGUGGAAAGAGUUUCAAGCAUAAGCAGUUGUUGCAACGCCAUCAGCUCGUACAUUCCGAUGAUCGACCCUACAUUUGUAAAUCCUGCAAUGCCAGUUUCAAAACAAAAGCAAAUCUAAUUAACCACCAAUCUACGCACACCGGGGAGAAAAAGUACUUCUGUGAAAUUUGUGGACAACAAUUCGCCCAUAAAACUAGCCUUACAUUGCAUUACAGGUGGCACACAGGUCACAAACCAUAUACAUGCGAAGUAUGCCAUAAAAGUUUUUCACAAAAUGGAAAUCUACAAGAACACAUGCGGAUACAUACAGGCGAAAAACCUUAUUGUUGCGAUUAUUGCGGAAGAAAAUUUACAACUUCGUCGCAAUUUAAACUUCACGUUAAACGACACACUGGCGAACGUCCUUGGAAAUGCGAAUUUUGUGCGAAAUGCUUUUUACACAAAGAUACUUGGAAGUGUCAUGUACGUAGGCAUAAAGGAGAACGUCCUUUUCAAUGUGCUCACUGCGAUCGUGGUUUCACAGAACAGUGGGCUUUGAAGAAACAUCUUCGUCUUCACACUGGAGAGAAACCUUACUCCUGUGACGUUUGUGGAAAAGCAUUCGCAGAUUGUUCGAAUUUAACGAAGCAUAAAAAGGUACACAGGGAGACGAAAAUUUCUACAAUUGGUGAAGUUGAAGGAUCUCCAAUUGGUGAAGUUUGGCAGAUUUUACCAAGUUCUCAGGAAUCUGAUGAACAUUCGUUGACUGAUCAAAUGGCUCAAGUUAUUGCAACAGACGAUGCAUCGGGAGAUGGUAUUCAACAGAUUAUUUAUGUUUCAUACCAAGAUCCAGAUGAUCCUAAUCAGUCUCGAACUUUACAUUUCGUUGAUGCUGGAAUGAUAAGAAAUAAGGAGGAAAAGGGAAACACGAAUCAGUCGUUGCCUCAUUUAAAUGUCGAGAACAGUGGAAUACUUUCUAAUCCUUCUCAUAAUAAUAGUAGUAAUAAUUCAAAUGAAAGAAUGAAUGUAGAACUUUCAGAAUCCGAUCUCCAAUUGCAGAUUACAGACGAAGAAGGUAAUCCAAUCCCUCUAUCGAUUCAAGAUGCUCGACAACUUUUAUCUCAAAGUCAGUUUGUUAACCAACUUAAUGAUGGUCAAGAAAUUAGAGUUCAUCCUGCAGUAAUUACAGAUGAAUUGGCAGCACCGUUAAAUGUUCAUGUUAAUCAGGAUUCUGGUAUCAAGGGUGUAGAUACUGGAAACACAGAGGAAGUGAAAGUAAAAAGUAUUUCAAGUGUGCAAGCAGACGCAGAAGCAAUCGUAAAAGCAUUAGAGGAUGAAAAUACGGAUGCAAAUACAGUCGCAACAAUUAAUCAAAUGGAAGAAUCGGAGCAACCAGGGAUCGCCGAAAAUGAACAAGCGAUCGAAUUCACAACACAAGAUGGUCAGAAAGUUCGUUUAGUUACUUCUUAUCAUGUCGAUCCAAUACAACUUGCCUCCGAGUACCUGACUAUUGUAUAA